UCAGCCAUGUCGGGCCGCGGCAAGGGAGGCAAAGGUCUUGGAAAGGGCGGCGCCAAGCGUCACAGGAAGGUGCUGCGGGACAACAUCCAGGGCAUCACCAAGCCGGCGAUCAGGCGUCUCGCACGCCGCGGCGGCGUCAAGCGCAUCUCCGGUCUGAUAUACGAGGAGACGCGGGGCGUGCUGAAGGUGUUCCUCGAGAACGUCAUCAGGGACGCGGUCACCUACACCGAGCACGCCCGCCGCAAGACCGUCACCGCCAUGGACGUCGUCUACGCGCUCAAGCGCCAGGGACGCACCCUCUACGGCUUCGGAGGCUAG